CAGACUCACCCCAAUUCUCUCCAUCUCUCGACUCUUCUCCAUUCUUCUUUUCUCUUCUCUCUCGGUACUUCAUCUCUCUUCUUCUCUUUCUUGACUUUUCGGCUAAUUCGUUGAAUUGAUGUCCGAUUAUUACUCUUCUCCUUCUCCUAAACACUGAUUCGAAAGACGAGGUCGCGAAGCUUAAGAAAGGAAAGGCUCCAUUAGGUGACAGUUAGAGGAUUACUUUAUCAAGUGGAAAACGAGUUGAGAAAAAUGUCAACCACACCAACAAACCCAGAUGAGGGUAAUCAGAAUCAAGGUCGGGAUCAAGAAGACCCUACCAUGACUCAAAUUCUCCGUCUUCUUCAGCUGCAAACCGCUGCUUUGAACCAGCAGCCCCAAGCUCCUCGAGUCGGAAGCUUUAAAGCUUUCCAAUCCCUCCACCCACCUGAAUUUAGGGGAACUACAGAUCCAAUUAAAGCGAAAACCUGGAUAAAGGAAAUGGAAAAAGCUUUUGCUUUAACGGAGGUGGGUGAAAAUAAGAAAACGGAAUAUGCAAGUUUCUACCUGAAAGACGAGGCAAAUUUUUGGUGGGAGUCCACCAAGACCUUAGAAGGAAAUGGUAUUAUUACGUGGGAAAGGUUUACGGAGUUAUUUUUGGAAAAGUAUCUACCUCAAUACUUACAAGAUCAGUUGGAAGUUAAGUUUUUAGAAUUGAAACAGGAAGGUAUGACUGUGGCAGAAUAUGAGGCAAAGUUUUCAGAAUUGGCAAGGUUUGUGCCAGAAUAUGUGAAUACGGAACACAAAAAGGCAAAACGGUUUCAACAAGGACUUAAGUCAUGGAUACGUAGUCGAGUGGCAGUUUUUGAGCUUCAAACAUAUGCUGCAGUGGUUCAGAAGGCUAUGAUUGUGGAAGGUGAAAGUGAGAUGUCAAAAAGAGAGAACGAUAGUAAGAAAAGAAAAUUUGAAAGGUCUGAAGAAAGUCAAGGGCAAUCAAGUGGAAAGUCUAAAGGUAAAUUCAGGAAAGGUUCUGACAACCCAACCAAUAAAGGAUGUCAAGGAUCCAAGCCCGGAAAUGUUGGACAGAGUAACCGUUUCUCCGGUCAGAAUCAGCAACAGAAAGGUAAUAGACCUCCGGCCCCAGAAUGUAAGACUUGUGGGAGGAAGCAUUCUGGAAUCUGUAACAAGCCUAACAUCACAUGCUUCAAAUGUAACAAGAAGGGUCAUUAUUCUUCAGAAUGUACUAGUACUUCGGGCAAGAAGGGCGUGACAUGUUUUAAGUGUGGCAAGUUGGGCCAUAUGGCAAGAGAUUGCAAGGAGCCUGUUCAACAAGCAAAUGUUCUGAGGAUAGCUGGAUCACCAACACCGACACCUCCAGUACAACCAAGAGCCAGAACUUUUAAUAUGACGAUGAAAGAUGCUGUUCAGGACUCAGAUGUGGUUGCAGAUUCGAAAGACGAGGUCGCGAAGCUUAAGAAAGGAAAGGCUCCAUUAGGUGACAGUUAGAGGAUUACUUUAUCAAGUGGAAAACGAGUUGAGGCAAGUAACUUUCCUCUCUCUCUUAAGCAACUUAUUGAUAAAUGAUGAUAAGUACUGUCACCUCUGAACUACCCUUUGAAUUAUGAAAGCCUGAUUUCCUUUCUCAUUGAAUGUAUUGUCUCACUUUUGAACGCGAGCUCUUUCAUGAAGAUCAUGUUUCUGUAUCCAGUAUAUUCUUAUCCAGAAUAUCUAUCUUUUGAUUGAAUAAUAUUUCCUUUCCAUAUGCUUGACCUCCACAAGAAUAUGGAUCUUGUUUCUAUAUUUGAAAUUAAGAAUGAUUUUAAACUUGCAAGUGAUUGCAAGUGUCCAAAUGAUUUGGAAGGUUGGUAAGUUUUUUUUUUAAAACGAAAGAUAUUUUUAAAGAAGAAAGUUUUCCAAUUUAAUGGUUUUCCACGGAAUUCUAUUGAUUGGAGGCGUAAGUGGCCGAGUAACGCCGGUCCAGCUAUUUGAUUGUGAAGACCAGUGAGGGCUGGCACAUUAUGAAGACCAGUGAGGGCUGGCAUUUGAAAGGCCAAAUAAGUUGCCUUUCGGGUACCCUAUUCACGUCCAGAGGGACUGUAAAGUCCGGUAUGGGGAUUGUACGUGGCUGAUCACCCGUGCAAUCCAGAGCGUUAUACACUCCAAUCGAGUAAAAUGUUUAUGAAAAGAAUUGUCCAGGUGUUGGACUGUUUUGAAAAUGAUAUAUUUUUGUGAUGGAAAAUAAAGUUUUGAUGAAAGGAUUGAUUUGAAGGAAAAUGUUAUGAAAAGGGUAAUUUUACGAAAGUUUUGAAAAGAGGAAUGUUUUAUAAAUUAUUCAUUUACAAAAAUAGUUUUUAUGUAAUGAUCCUGAACUUUGAAUCUCUAUUAUGACCUUUGUAACUUUAGUCUAUAAUCGAAAACUCUCCAUCUUAUUUUGUUGAAUAGUUUAAUUUAUUUGUUCAUUAUAGUUACUUGCUGAGCUUUUGUAGCUCAUUCUGUUGUUUAUCUAACCCUGACAGCUAAGCAAGAGGAAGAUGGUCAGUCCUAGGUGCUCAGUUCGUUAGACUGUCUACAUCCCCCUCUCUGUUUCAUUAGAUUACUUUACCAGCUCAGGUAGAGGACGCUUUGGAUAGUCAGUGGGGAGUAAGUAUGUUAGUAUGGACCGUUGUAAACAGUACCUUUGAGAUGUUUUAUAUAAUUCCAAGUAGGAAUUAUGGUUGAUGCUAUUUAUUAAGGGUUUGUAAUAAGUUUAUAACUUAUUAUUUUGGUUAGUAGUUGUAACUUGUUUCAUACCAUCACCUGUUAAAGAUCCUUGUGGUGUAAAGGGGUUGAGUAUUUAUAUUGCUAAAUCCAGGUUGUGCA